AUGGAUUUGUCCGUAUACUUAGUUACAGACUCUACUCCCGCCAUUCUGCGCGGCAGGGAUUUGUGUGUGGUAGUUCAAGAUGCCAUUCAAGGGGGUGUCACUGUUGUCCAGUAUAGAGACAAGCACAGUGACUCUGGUGUGAUGAUUGAGACUGCAAAGAGACUCCACGAGAUUACAAAGAAGCACAAUGUUCCUCUAAUCAUCAACGACCGCGUUGACGUCGCAUUAGCUGUUGGUGCCGAAGGCGUCCAUCUUGGACAGGAUGACAUGAUAUCCUCGAACAAGGAAGCGCUCAAGGCAGUUCAGGAUGGGGCUGAUUACCUCGGAAUUGGAACCGUAUUCGCAACGCCCACGAAAACCAACACCAAGUCUAUUAUCGGGCCUGCUGGCACAAGAGAGAUUUUGGCGUUUCUUUCCACAAUGCCCAGACGAGUCGGAACAGUUGCGAUCGGUGGUAUCAACUUGUCAAAUGUUCAACGAGUUAUAUACCAAUCACAAGCACCACUGAAAAGCCUUGAUGGUGCUGCGAUUGUGAGCGCGAUCAUGGCGGCGGAAAACCCGAGAGAAGCCGCCGCAUUGUUUUGCAAAUUAGUGAAACAAAUUCCUGCCUUAGCCACGAUUCCCCUUCCUCCUCGGGAGAAUGAAGUUACCCUGCUAUUAGAUCAAGUGCCAGAUAUCGUCAACCUGGUGGCGACAAGACGACCCUUAUGCCACAAUAUGAUCAAUUUUGUGGUAGCUAAUUUUGCUGCAAACGUUGCCAUUGCAAUUGGUGCAUCUCCAAUUAUGUCCGGAUAUGGCCCCGAAGCAGUUGACCUCGCCAAAAAUGGUGGUUCGUUAUUGAUUAAUAUGGGGACCCUGAAUAAUGAAAGCAUCGAUAAUUACCUCCAGGCCCUACAGGCGUAUAAUGCCGAAGGGAACCCUGUUGUGUUUGAUCCAGUUGGGGCUGGUGCUACGGAUGUUCGCCGCAAAGCUGCGAAACAGCUCAUGGCUGGUGGAUAUUUCGACCUUAUUAAAGGAAAUGAAAGCGAGUUGAUUCAAGUGUAUGGCAAAGUCCGCGGGCAACAGAUCGGCGUCGACAGCGGACCAAGUACUUUGAACUGCAAAGAAAAAGCGAGACUUGUCAUGGACCUUGCGAAGCGGGAGAGAAACAUCGCCCUUCUCACCGGCGCCGUGGACUACCUGAGCGAUGGCGAGCGCACUCUUGCCAUUGGCAAUGGACACAGUCUCCUCGGACAUAUUACAGGCACCGGUUGCAUAAUUGGCACCAUAGCUGCCUCCUUCCUCGCCGUGCACAGAAGUGACAAACUACUCGCAGUACUAGCCAGUUUACUUCUGCUCGAAAUUGCUGCUGAGCGCGCUGCCGUGAAAGACGGAGUGCACGGCCCCGGCACCUUUCUCCCAGCACUUAUCGAUGAACUCUUCGCGUUGAGGAUGUGGGCUGUUGAGCGGAAAAAUGGCGGCACCAGUUCUGGCGAAGCCUCCAAAACGUCGAACUGUGAGGCUGCUACUGUGGACGAGAAUAUCUUCAAGAAAAUGGCGAAAGUGCACUUGAUUCACCCGUAG